UAAACAAUCUUACUUCCUGUUUGACCAAGAAACCAAGACCAAAUUCUCACUCCUAGCAUGGAGGGAGAAAAGUAAAUCUGGAGGGAACAGAAAAUGGAUAUAGAGCAAAAAUUGAAUGGAGAAAUGAAAAUAAUAUAAAUUGAUCAAGAGGUGGGUGCGGGUCUAUCUAAUGGAUCGUGUAGGCCCUAUUCUAAAAUUGAGACAUUAUCCAAAUUGACUUUUAACUAUAAUAAAACUAAAAUGAUUAUAAUACCAUUAUUCAAAAUGUAAUAUCUUUCUUUAUUGUUUAAAUUAAAAUUAUCUAUUAUCUCUCUUAUUUUCAUAUUCUCCAUGAGAUCUUUUUCAAUUGUUAUUAUAGCUAAAAUUAUCUAUUAAAUUCGUCAUCAUAUUCAUAAUCUAUCAAUCAUACACUAAAAAAAUAACCUGCAAUAUUCGAUCGGUAACUAACGAAUUUGAGUGGAGGCCCCUAAUAUUCAAAGGCCCUGUGCCGGAGGGCGGGCCGGCACACCCUCUUGGCCGGCCCUGGCUCAGUGAUCCCUGGCCUCCUCUGUUCUAUGUCGGGGCUUGGUUUCGACGCGACUCUCCUCCUUCGAGGCUUUGCGUUGACGGUGGUGGCCGACCCUGAACUCCGUCCCCAGCGGAUGGAUCUGCAAGCUCCUUCUCGCAGCGAUGGCGACCAUUUGGGGCAUGGCGGGGAUUCUCUUCUCCUGGGUUGAGGCCUGGAACGACGCGGUCGAGAAGGCGGUGGUGGUCGACACGCGGGUCGACGGCUUGGCUUCGUCGGACCACCACUUCUUCCGAAAUCUCCAGUUCGCGACGCGAGCUGGGAUCCCUUUCAAGCUAUCUUUGCCAAGGCUUGCGACUGCCUGGCUCUUCAGAACGACGACGACCGAUGGGAAGAUUGACUCAGCGGCGUUUAUCUUGAGAGGAGCAACGACAAUUGAUGGCUGCUCGAUGGUGAUGAUAGGCUCCGCGACAAUCUCCUUGGCUAACUUCGUGGUGGUUGUCGUUGGAAUGGAGAUGGCGGUGGUGGGUGGUGAUGACACCAUCGUCAUGGCUUCCGCACGUGUUGGCGCAGCAGCCGCCAUAGCUUCUUCUCCGAGGACAGAAGCCACAGCCAGCCUCGGUUCUCGUGACUCCGAGGUUACGACGGUGGUGACGGUGCUUGUGAUGGCGGCAUGAUCUUCUUCUACUAUAGAUGGGGACCAUACGGCAUUGAUUUAUGCCGCAGGUGGUGGCGGCGUUGUAGCAGCGGUAUUGGAGGAUCGGCUCUUUCUGCUAAUCACGGCUAGGAGUCGUGUGAGCUCUGCGUCCCGCCGCUCCCCUUCGGCCUUCUGCCACUCCCGUUCUGCAUUUUGUUUGGCUAUGAGGGCUUUCAGCUUGCAAAGGCGCUCGUGCAACACGCCAUAGUGGUCCCCGACUAAGGGUUGUGACGAACUCAGCUUUUCGACCAUGGCUCUGAUACCAAAUGAUAGAAACAAGGUGACUAUCGGCUUGAUAUUUGGGGAUUAGGGUUUAUACGAACAAAAUUAGGGAUUGAGAUGGGGAAUUAGGGGAGGAAGAACAGAAUACGAAUCGGCCGAAACCUUGGACUAGGGAAGAAGAGAAAUUAGGAGCUAGGGAUAACUUAGGGUUUGGGAAGAUAAUUCUUUUAUUAACUUCUGCUUAAUCUCACGAGAGAGUCAAAGUACAAAUAUAUAUAGAGAAUUACUAGGAAACCCUAAUGAUACUGAAUUGCUAUUCGUCGCCCUAAAAUUCAAAGUUUGUCGCCCUAAAAUGCACAUAAUUGACCCUUUUACCCUCCUGUCUCAAUUUCUAACCAAAACCUACGAACAGUCUCUUACCCUGCCAGCCAUCGCCGAGCUCCUCUAUCCUCCGCUCGCUGCUGCCGCUGCCAGAUUCCUCUCGCCAACAGCUGACCACCGCCGGAUUCUACUGUUGCUGCCAGAUUCUACUGAUUAAAUAUAUGUGCAAUAUGAUAAAGAGUGGUCAAAGACUUGGAUCUCUCUGUAUAUAUGAUUCAUUAAAUAAUGUCUUUGGAUUCCUUAGAAUUCUUUUUCUUGGUUAAACCAUUCGCAGUAAGAGGACUCUGAUUCCAUUGGAGAAAGACAACUUUAUAUUCAUUAGGGGAAAAAUACAACUUUAUGCUUUGCAGUUGCAGCCGUCCACAUUAGCUAUUUGCUUAUGCAUAUCAUAUAAUUGGAAGGGAAGGGGGAAAGGGAUUCAGCCAACCGACCAUCAAGAAAGCCGACCUGUUCUCAACUCGCCGGAAAUGAGUUUUCAAUCCAUCCGCUGGUUCCAACGGCGGUUACGAAAAAACCCCGGAUAUGGAAAGUCCUCUGAAAAUAGGAAAUAGAGAUGAGAUACAAACUAAACUAAGGAUAUUUGAGUCAUUUUAAUAAAAAUUAGGGCGACGAAUAAGGUAAUUUAGGGCGACGAAUAGCAAUGCCCUAAUAAUAAACCUAAUUCUACUAAAAGAUUACUAACCAUAUUAAUAAUUACUCUAAUUAUAUUAAAAAUGAUAAAUAUGACAGAACACAAAAACCGUGUUUCUAUCAUAUCCUCUGUAAAAUAUGGCAUAACCCAGAUAAAUUCAACAACGAGACAUCAACUCACAAUACAAAAAACAAAGCAAGAGAGAUUAUGCAACCUCUAGAGAAAUCAAGCACUUACAAACAUCUUCAUUUGUGGAUCAAUUAGAUGAUGCUUAUCAAUUAGAACUUAAGUGUAGGGGAAUAGGGACAACACAUAAAAGGCACAAAGUUAGUAGAAGCAAUAGAGUAUCCAGAUUUCACAUGCAGUGUACUCACCUGAGGUUUUUUAGAGACAAAUAAUGCGAUCUACAACUGGAAAAGGAAUGAAAUAAAUCACAUUCA